AUUGUCGCAAUAGCUAAGCAUGUAUCAGGAUCUGUGUCCACUAAGUUUAUAUCUCGCACUCCCGUUAACGAGGAAAUUACGUAUUGAUCAGAUGAUUUAAGGUCAAAGGUCAAACCAAAAUGGCGGCCAAAACAUUAGGAUUGACGAUAUCUGCUGCAGUAUGCGUGUCUGAGAUUGCAGCCUACUACUGUGACAGCGACAGAUGCAGUGAAGAUGAGUACUGCUGUGGAGACAACCUGUGCUGCACAUCGUACAAGGUGUGGGGACUCUGGUAUUUCUGGUUUGGUCUUGUGUUCUUCAUGAUUCUUCUCUCCAUGUGCACGUGCCUAUGGCGUUUCCGACAUCCCGGCACCGUCAUCAUCAACAAAUACAACUACAGCCCCCUGAGGCAAGAUGGCAGCACCCUACACUGCCGCAACAAUUCUGACCAAGAGUAUAUAGGACCAGGUAGCACGUUCUUCGCAUCAGCAACGCACCCACCUCCCCCGUAUUCCAACUACUCUCCCGUGAAGUCUGGCCCGCCGUCGUCCCCGGAACCACCAUCGUAUGUGGAAGUGGUGAGCGGGCCUGGCGUACCUGGACACAAGACAUACCACAACAACUGAACAUGGGACCACAAUGCACCUGGGAUGUUGUCAUGGUAAUGUUGGACGUUGCCAUAGUUACAUUGUAACCAUUGGAUAGUCUCUGUAUGAUCUGUUCUCGUCAAGACGGACCUGUGUGAAGAGUCUCACUGCUACUGACUACAACACAGUCAUCCCAAAACAACGCUCUGAUGUUAAGGUGCAGGAGGAACAGUUUAAUGUUUUUUACAAACCAGAAUCUACGCAAAGUGACAAUUCCUUACAUCGAGAUAUAAAACUUUCUACAGUAGCUUUAUAUUGUUGCAUAGACUGAUAAGAAAUGGCAGAAAUGCUCAGUAGUGUAUUGUGGGUAAUCAUGGAACUAUUUUCUGUGUGCGUGUGGAGAGAGAAUGAAGGAAUAUGUUUCAGCUGACAGUUAUGGAAGUGUGGUUCAUAUAUGGGAGAUGAAAGUAAUGACUGUUUUAUACCUCUAAUACAUGACUGAUAAAAACUUGCUAUAUUUUGUACACAGGUUGUCUAAUAUUCAUUGAACAGCAUCUGUGAGAAACAGCUUGUACAAUUGAUGAGGCAUAAGCUACCCUCAGUUUUUCAUGGUAUGAUUCAGAAUCGAAUUAUUUCUGCAUCUGCAACCUCUUAACUGUACAUAUUACUGAAUCUUUAGGCCAAAAGAAGUUAACUGUCAAAAUGAGAAAAAUGGCUGGAGAAUGACUUAUGUUUAAAUAUAUAUAUAUACACACUGGUUUUCAGCAUCUGUGUAAACUUACUGCCAGGAGAUGUGAUUUAAAGGAAGAAUGGAUGUAUGGAAGAUUUGCAUUUUGUAGAUUUCAUGAAGUUAGCAGUAAAACGAUUUUCAUCUGUUGGUACAUAGGUGGGUCCAGACAGGGGGUGCACACCCCCCUUUUGUCCUAAAAGUUUAUUAAAUGACCAUUGAAACUCUCGUGAAAAUGAACUGUGCACCCCUCCUUUCACAAGAAGCUGUAUCCUCCCCUGUGGUGCAUGGGGACUACUUUAUCAGUGCUCCAGAUAGCUGCCAUUUAUUGUAUCGUGUAACUGAAACUACGCAAAUACAGAA